AGUACUGCAAGAUGAAAGAGUUCUAGAGAUGGAUGCUGAUGGUGGCUGUAUAACAAUAUGAAUGUACUACUGAACUGUACACCUAAAAAUGGAUGAGAUAUUAAAUUUUAUGUGUAUUUUGCCACAAUUUUAAAAAAAUUACAUGAAAGUAGGCCAGGCACGGUGGCUCACACCUGUAAUCCCAGCACUUUGGGAAGCCGAGGCGGGUGGAUCACUUGGUCAGGCGUUCGAAACCAGCCUGGCCAACAUGUGAAAGCCCGUUUCUACUAAAAAUAGAAAAAUUAGCCGACGUGGUGGCGCAUGCCUGUAAUCCCAGCUACUCGGGAGGCUGAGGCGGGAGAAUCGCUUGAACCCGGGAGGCAGAGGUUGCAGUGAGCCAAGAUCGCGCCACUGCACUCCAACCUGGGCGACAAGAGCAAGAUUCCGUCUCAAAAAAGAAAAAAAUAAUGAAAAUAAAAGGAAACUAACUGUGACUGAAGAACAACCCACAUCAAUGAAAACCAGUAGGGAAAGGAGACCUUCCCACCGCCCAGCUAAUCAUGGCCUGACCACCAGGCUGUGGUAACUGGAAACAAAGGGCGUGGCAAAUGUAGGUCUGGGGCUCCGCGCAAGGAAGGACUGCAAGGAAGCCGCAGGUUAAAGCCGGUCAACCGGCAAAAUAGGCUGCCACUGCGCAGGCGCCUAUUGCGCCUACCAAGACACCUUUUAAACGUGCCCGGAAAUGACGCCUGUAAUGCUGAGACAGACUCCCAGAAGAUCUGAGCGAGUCGCGUAGCUGAGCCCGGCAGGGGCUGGGGUCGUGCCGCUGCUAUGAGCUGCACCAUCGAGAAGAUCCUGACAGACGCCAAGACGCUGCUGGAGAGGCUGCGGGAGCACGAUGCGGCCGCCGAGUCGCUGGUGGAUCAGUCGGCGGCGCUGCACCGGCGGGUAGCCGCUAUGCGGGAGGCGGGGACAGCGCUUCCGGACCAGUAUCAAGAGGAUGCAUCCGAUAUGAAGGACAUGUCCAAAUACAAACCUCACAUUCUGCUGUCCCAAGAGAACACACAGAUUAGAGACUUGCAACAGGAAAACAGAGAGCUGUGGAUUUCCUUGGAGGAACACCAGGAUGCUUUGGAACUCAUCAUGAGCAAGUAUCGGAAACAGAUGUUACAGUUAAUGGUUGCUAAAAAAGCUGUGGAUGCUGAACCAGUCCUGAAAGCUCACCAGUCUCACUCUGCAGAAAUUGAGAGUCAGAUUGACAGAAUCUGUGAAAUGGGAGAAGUGAUGAGGAAAGCAGUUCAGAUGGAUGAUGACCAGUUUUGUAAGAUUCAGGAAAAAUUAGCCCAAUUAGAGCUUGAAAAUAAGGAACUUCGAGAAUUAUUGUCCAUCAGCAGUGAGUCUCUUCAAGCCAGAAAGGAAAACUCAAUGGACACUGCUUCCCAAGCCAUCAAAUAACUGAACUAUGAAUGAUGGCUGGAGAUUGUCUAUCAAGGAAGGAAGUUACUGUCUUCCCAUUCAAGUACUGUCCAUUAAGUGUCUUGCCUCAGAUUCGAUUUAAUCUUAAUUAAAGGUAUCAGGUGGCAAUUUAGAAUUCCAGUCAAUAUUGGCUGUCCACAGUUCUCAGAUGUGUUAACGUGAAUACUACAUGCUGAAUUUCACCAUUCCUUUCUCAAAGAGACUACUUUUAAUUUUCAUUUCUGGGACCUUGAUUUAUAUAAACUGUGUUUUCAAUUCAUUGUUAUUUUUCACAUCUCUGAAACUUUGAGCAUUUUUUAUAAGCCAGCAAUUUAUUUUAUAUAGCAUUGUAAAAUACACUUCUAGGAAAUUUUAGGAAAGAUUUAACUUUUUAAAUCUAUUUGGCAUAAACCUUGAUUUUUUUUUUCCAUUUGACAAAAAUAAUACAGUUCCACAGAACUAGAUCAGCAGAUUCUCUGAUUUGUAAUGUCAUUCACCUGUGACAUUUUAAGUCUCUCUGGUGCUAAGAAUUGGCACUUUAUAGCCUGGUGCCUUUACUUUUAAUUUGAGAGAACCUACUGCUAGUCCCAGGAAACAUACUUGGAAAUAUGUUUCCAUAUUUCCAAGUCAGCUAUUUUUUUUUCCCCAGUGAUGCUAUAGUUGUCAUACUGUUCAAAGUUCAUAUUGUUCAAAGCUGAGGAGCUUGUCCUGUGUAUGUGAAUGCACACAUGUGCACUUAGUUCAAAUACUAAAAGUAGCUUUUAUUAAAUAUAAUCAGCCAGAAACACACAAAAAAAAUCAAAAAAACAAAUAUAAGUAGUCAGUUUUUCAAUGUUAUCCUGCUAGUUUUACAUUCUAUUUUAAUUUUUAUACAAUUUCCAUUUUAUAGUUAAGAACCAUCACUUACUUGGAUUGGAUGUCUUUCAUUCCUAGCACUAAUAGUUGGCUUUCUUUUUUUUUGUUUACAUAGAAGCAGGUUUUUUUUUUUUUAUCUUUUUUCUUUUUUUUGUUUAAGCUAUAUAAAAAGGUGAGGAAGCAGUUUUGUUACCUAAUGAAAAUUAUUACACUCAUAAUGCUGUGUAGGCAACAUUGAGAUUCAAAUGCCCAGUGGUCAACUGGGUUCACUCAUCAACUCAUUCCCGUCCCAGUUUACUCACAUUUCAAAUUUAUAAAUUUCUUCAUGUUAUACUAUUCUAUUUAGAUUUGCCCAGAAUUAGUUGAAAUAAUGCUAAACCUGUCAAUAUUUUCCAGUAACAUUAAGCACCAUACUGCAUGGGAGAGACACAGUGUUAAAAAGAGGUGUUAGUGCUUUAUGUGAGUGAUAUUUCUUUUGUAAUGCUAUAAAGAACUACAGUUAAAAUAACAAAAUAUUUUAAAGAUGUCCUAAAAGCAUCUGAUCCCAGUAAUAACUAAUGGAUGUCAUCUAGAGCAGUGGGUGUUAAUGAAUAGGUAUAUGUCAUUUAAGAAUUUUUCAAAUUUCUGUUUGAUAUCCUGCAUAGAAUUUGACAAAAAAACACCUCCAAGUGUGAGCAUUUUUUAUUUCAUUUCCCAAGAGUAAGUAAGUAACUAUUAGCCCAGCCAUCUGCCUCGAAGUAUACCUUAAGUGACCCCAUAAAUCCAUUCAAGAGGCCAGUACUCUAUACCAUUUGGCAGCCAUGGCCAAACCUACCAUGGCCAGAUUUCAGUGAAAAUGAUGAAGUAAUCAAAUCAAGGUAUAAUAUGGUGUCCCUUUAUCUGCUUUAUGUUCCUUUAGAGCUGUUUAUAAAGUUCUUUAUAUCUCAAGUGUUAGGAUAAAUCGACAUAUUAACUUUUCCCUCUGCGAAAUUAAAAGCCUGAGGUACAAGUCUAAGAAGCUUUUAGUGCCCUACAUAAUAUAAAUUCUGGCUGGUGUUAAUGCUACGAAGAUAAUGUGUAGUUAGAAAAUUGAGUUGGGGAGGAAUGCUCAUUUUAAGUGGAUUUUAAAGUUUCUCCUUCAGUGGAUGAAGAACUUGCCUGGUUUGCAAAAAUCUUAGUUCAAAAUUAUAUUUUCUAACAAAAACUACAUUUUGAGAAGAUAAGCUAAUUUUACUCAGUAGUAAAUCAAAUUAGGAAGUGCAGAGGGUUUUUUUACAUAUAUAUAGCAACCUUGUCAAGUGGUCCUCACAAGAGUCAUAAAUACUUUGUAAUUAGCACAGUAUAUUCAGCAGUGUAUAACUCUACAAAUAGUACCUUAUAUUAAUGUAGUAUUAUAUCAAUAUCUUAUGUAUAAUUCUUAUAUUAAUACCUUAUGCAUAAUUUGAUUCAAACAUUGAAGGUCUAUUUUAGUGUUCUUCAAAAUGUGCUUCCCUGACCUACUGAAAUAGAAAUUUGGUGAUGAAGUUCAAGAAUUUGUAUUCUAAUCAUCCCAAACAAUUCCUAAAGACACUAAUUUUAAAAUAUCUAGUCUAGGCCCCAUUGUGUAAUAGUUAGCAUUCUAAAAGAUGCAAAAGAAAAUAGUCUAUGUGCCAACCAUUUCAUUAAUACUUAAGAAUUUAAAAAUGAAAAAGUCUGGUACAAGAGACAAGUAUAUAUAAAAUUAUAAUGCAGUGUGAUAAAUCCAUUAUAAGUAUGUAUAGGAUACAGAAGAGGGACUUUAAACUUGAGAAUUCAAUAGAGAUAAUAAAUGAGUAGGAGGGAAAUAGAAAACUUUGGUGCCACAAAAGCAAAGUAUGUAUGGUAUUGCCAAUAAUAGCUACCAUCUAUUGAGUGCUUUACUAUCUGUCAGGUACUGUAUUAUAUAAUCUCCAUUUUAACUGUACCUCAUUUUGCAGAUACUCAGGCACAAGGAGGUGGUUAUUUGUCCAAACUGGAACCAAGAUUCAAACCCAGACAGAGUCUUAAGCACAUUUUUAAUCACUAACUAACUUGAGAUGCCUAAAUGCCAAAUACUGUUGGGAGUUCAAGUGGUUCUUGAUUAGAAAAAUCUAUUUUUAUUAGUGCAAAAGAAACACCACAGCUCAUAUAUUAGAAAGUAUUAUUAAUUCAAUAAAUGGAGUCUUAACUAAUGAGAUAUUAUUAUUUUCUAGAAUGGUGUAGGUGAGAGUAUGUGUGAUUCAACUGAAAGGAAUAAUGUAUAAUCAGUGACUCUUACUAUAUACAGGAAAAGGUGCAGUUCUGUCUUUCAAAUCUGCCUCCUUACCAUAUUGGCUUAGAUCCCUCAUGCUGUUUUCUUGUGUUUGCUAGAAAGUUGUUGCCAAGCCAAAUGUCAUGGCCAUGUUGAAGGCAAGGAAGAAGAAAUGGAAAUGGCCUGUGCCAGCUAUAUAUAUCGCCUUUUAUGAGGGAAAGCAAAGCUUUCCCAGAAAUCCCAAAUGGAUUUCCCUUUGAUUUACUUGCCUGACCAGUUAAAUGGCCACUGGUACCUGCAAAGAUAGCAGGGUACAUAGCUGUCCCAAAUAAAAUCAGUAUUAGCAAGAAGAAAGAAUAUUGAGAAAGCAACUAACAGUGUCUGUGACUGUUACAUGUCUGUGACUGUUAUAUUGUCAAGUCCUUUCCCCUUGAAUAUAGUUUUGGAAGAAUUAGCUGAAGGAGUGUGUUGAUAUUGAAUGGCCAAGAGAAUGGGCUGUAGCAGACAUCUGUCAUUUCUCUUUUGGCUGCCCAAUAUCCUAACUCCUGUGUUUAAGGAAUCCCUCACCUAAUGAAGCAGAGCAUUUCUUCCUCCUAAAGAAUUUGAAAGUACCAGGUAACGUUUUCUCAGCCUCCUUUGCAGCUAAGGAAGAAACAUCUGCCUUCAACUUUAAAAUUAGUGAUACAAAGAAGGAGGGAACCAUGCAGGUUCCUUUGAAGAUGGUGACUAACAACACAACUGCGUUCAUCUCCACAGAGGUACAGCAAAAGUGGUGUAGUUAGUGAUAACCUCUAAUGCUAUUUUUUUUAUUUUUAUUUUUCGAGACAGUCUUGCUCUGUCACCCAGGCUGGAGUGCAGUAGCACUAUCUCAGCUCACUGCAACCUCCACCUCCUGGGUUCAAGCGAUUCUCCUGCCUCAGCCUCCCAGGUCGCUGGGAUUACAAGUGCCCACCACCAUGCACAGCUAAUUUUUGUAUUUUUAGUAGAUGGGGUUUCUCCAUGUUAGCCAGGCUGGUCUCGACCUUAUGACCUCAGGUGAUCCACCCACCUUGGCCUCCCAAAGUGCUGGGAUUAUAGGCGUGAGCCACCGCACCUGGCCUGUAACCUCUAAUUCUUGUUUGCUGGCUGUCCUAGAGAUCCUGAGAAUUACUUUUAAUAAAAUCAUUUUUUUGCUGUUGUUAAAACUAACCUGAAUUGCCUAAAACCAAGAACUCUGCUUGAUAAAAUAAGCAUAGUUUUAGGAACAACGAUGCAGAUAUAAAUUUUAUCAACACUUUAUGCAUAAUUUGGGACUUAUAUUUAAAUGUAAUAUUUGAUGCUCAUAAAAGGGUAAAUGUGGAAUGCAAAUAAAUUAUCAAGCAUAAUAACUCAUCACCUAACUUAAGAAUAACAUUAUGAGUGCUUGUAUGUUAUCUGUUUGAGCUCUUCUCCUAUCUUUGCCCACCCCCCUGCUCUCUUUUUAAUAGUUUUGUUCACAUGUAGAAAGACCUAAAAUACAUAUGUAUCCCUAAAGUGACUUAUUUUAUAGUUUUCUUUCUUUUUGAACUUCAAAAGAAUUGUAUCAUACUCUAUGUAGUCUAAGGAUUUGGCUUUUUUCACUCAACAUGUCUCUAGAAUUCAUAAGUUUUAUUGUUUUAUAGCUGUCAUUUUCAUUGAUGUAUAUUUCAUUGUUGGGUUAUACAACAUAUUGUUAAGGAAUACAUACAUACAUAAUAAAUUAUACAUUUUUAGAAAAA